UUCAAAAGCUAAUUAAUAUUGGUAUUCAGAUUCACGACGGAGACAUCUCCUCGUCUCUUCGUUUCUCCGAGACUGUUUGUCGUUCGUAUCGUGCACCUGUUCAAUGCACUCGUUCGGUUAGACGAACAGUCGAGAGGCGAGCAUUAUGAUCCGGAAGAACACGAUUAAUCGCACGUUGAAAUUUAUGUUUAUUCUGUUCGGUAUUUGGCCAGGCAUGUCAGGCGUUCUGCUCUGCAGGGUAUUUUGGGUCGUCUCAUUAGUGUUCGUCGGGUACUGUCAUUAUCAUUAUUUUGUGACUCACAUAUAUACCGCUGAGCUUCUCGAUCUGAUGGACUGUUUGUGCAGCUUUUUGGCGUAUAUCAAAGUGUUAAUAAAGUUUAUCAUGUUUUGGCUGAAUCAACAAAACUUCGUCGAAAUCUUGUCGAUGAUGUCGGACGAUUGGGACGAGUGCGCCAAGAGCGAUACGGAAUUUCGCGAGGCGGAAUGCAAGGCGAAAACAUCGGAUCGUAUCAUGAACUCGAUAGUCGUACUUCACACGAUGACGAUCAUCGCGUAUUGCACCGGCGUUAUCCUGGACGACGUCGACGUCACAGACCACACGACGGAGCUACCCUAUGUCAACAAGUUAGACAUCCCAUUCGACGUUAACACGCAACUCGUAUACAGAGCUGUAUUAAUCAUCGAAUUCUUGUAUAUGAUUAUGUGCGGAUGGGCAGCCGGCGUGACGAACGCAUUGCUAUUGAGUCUGACGUUACACGCCGCCGGCCAGAUAGACAUUCUACGUAACUGGUUCACACAACUUGUGCCUCACGCAAAUGAGAACAAGCACAAAUCGAUCGACGUUACGCUGAACCAGAUCAUAAAGAAGCAUCAGAAAAUCAUCUACUUUUCGGAAAGUAUCGAGAGCCUCUACACGCACGUCGCGUUCCUACAGUUCGGGUCGAACAUGAUAAUGAUUUGUUCGUUGGGCUUUCUUAUCGUAACGGCGAUUGGCAGCCCCAACGCGGUAGAACAGAUAGUUCGGUCUCUUUUGUUUUAUACUAUAACAAAUCUGGAAGCGUUUAUAUUUUGCUUCGCCGGAGAAUAUCUGAGCAAUAAGAGCAAACUGAUCGGUAUCGCAGCGUACAACACCGCGUGGUACAACAUGGAGCCUAAAGACGGUCGUGUUCUGUUCUUUGUUAUAAUGCGAUCGCAGAGGCAAUUGACGCUCACAGCUGGAAAGAUGACAGAUCUCUCCUUAGAAACCUUUGCGAGUACGUUACACGUAGCCGGUCAGAUGGAGAUUCUACGCAAAUGGUUCACGCAACUUAUAUCUCACACGAAUGAAGAUAAACACGAAUCGAUCAACGUCACCCUGAACCAGAUUAUACAGAAACAUCAGAAAAUCAUCAACUUUUCGAAAAAUAUUAAUAAUCUCUACACGCAAAUCGCGUUCCUGCAGUUUGCGUCAAACACGAUAAUGAUUUGUUCGUUGGGCUUUCUUAUCGUAAAGGCGAUUGGCAGCCCCAACGUAGUAGAGCAGAUAAUGCGGUCUAUUUUGUUCUACACUAUAACAAAUCUCGAAGCGUUUAUAUUUUGUUUCGCCGGGGAAUACCUGAGCAAUAAGAGCAAGCUGAUCGGCAGCGCGGCGUACAACACCGAGUGGUACAAAUUAAAGCCCACAGACUGUCGUAUUCUGUUGUUUAUUAUACUGCGAUCGCAGAAGCAAUUAACGCUCACUGCUGGGAAGAUGACGGAACUCUCCUUAAAAUCCUUCGCAAGUACGUUACACGCAGCGGGUCAGAUGGAGAUUCUACGCAAAUGGUUUACGCAACUCAUACCUCGCGCGAAUGAAGAUAAACACAAAUCGACCAACGUCACACUGAACCAAAUCAUACAGAAACAUCAGAAAAUCAUCAACUUUUCAAAAAAUAUCAACAAUCUCUACACGCAAAUCGCGUUCCUGCAGUUUGCGUCAAACACAUUAAUGAUUUGUUCGUUGGGCUUUCUUAUCGUAAAGGCGAUUGGCAGCCCCAACGUAGUAGAGCAGAUAAUGCGGUCUAUUUUGUUCUACACUAUAACAAAUCUCGAAGCGUUUAUAUUUUGUUUCGCCGGGGAAUACCUGAGCAAUAAGAGCAAGCUGAUCGGCAGCGCGGCGUACAACACCGAGUGGUACAAAUUAAAGCCCACAGACUGUCGUAUUCUGUUGUUUAUUAUACUGCGAUCGCAGAAGCAAUUAACGCUCACUGCUGGGAAGAUGACGGAACUCUCCUUACAAUCCUUCGCAAGUAUCAUGAAUGCUUCUGGAUCGUACUUGUCCGUGCUGUUGGCGAUGCAAUGAAAGAUCAGAAUGGCUGGCCGAUAUUUUUUUUUUUUAUAAACUGUAGUAGUAGAAGAACAUCGAGUUACUAGUAAAUCACUAAUUAUAAAAUCGCACAUUUUAUAGCAAACGGCAUACGUUUUAAAAAAUAUAGAUAAAAUACAAACAAUCAUCCAAGAGUCGUUCUUCCUGAAACACAUCAAAAUAUAUACCGCGCUUCAUAGCCAACACGAAGAAGCACAUGAAUAUUUUCUCGGUGCGUGUUACAAAUGGCAAAGUCACCAUAAAUUCGAGUUCAACGCGACUGAUGAUAUAUCGCACUUUAGAGUCUCUCGCAAG